GUACAUUACAGUUACGACAAUCAAAACAAAAACAAACAAAAUGAUGAAAAAACUCUGUAUUGUAUGAUUGUAGCCUAUAGCCUACGAUGAAUAACUGAAUCUCAUCGACGACAAGUUUGGGAAUAUCCAGAAAUCUGAAUUCAGAACGAAGUCGUUGUAAGUUUUUACGCAAAUCCUCUCAAGACACAGACGGAGCGCUGUUUAAAGUGAUAUUUGUCAGAAGAUGGUUAAGAAAGUUAUGCCAUCAUGGCAUUCUGUGAUGAAAGAAUUUAAUGAUGUUGAACCACAUAAUGAUAGAACAGCUGUGACACCUUCUACAGGUUAUCAAGUAAAAAUUCAAUCGAUAACUGGAUAUCGAUCAUUGAAUGCACCUGAAGUUUACAGCUCGCAAUAUGAAAUCCGGCUCAGUUUGUAUGAUGUGGUAUAUCAACAAUUUCUUGGAGAAACUUGGAAAAGUAAAACUAUUUCUCCAACAGACGAAGCAAUUCAACGUUCAGAAUUAAAUAUAAACAAGGUUGUAUAUUUUCACUCACCGGUCACUGAUCCAAAUGUAAUAUUAGUUGUUGAAGUUGUUGUGCAUAGAGGUCCGAAGAAUCCUUUACCUGGAGAUGAAUCUGUUACAACAAAACGAACAUUGGGAUGGGGAAUCUUACGACCUUUUAAACCUGAACUUCAAUUGAAGGACAUCGCUGAUCAGAUGGCACCUACAGUUAGAAAAAUGGAUGUCUAUCAAGGAACGCCGAGGGCAUUACUGUUUAUGGGUGAUCACAUUGAAACAAACGAACAUAUCCAACUGAUUACAGGAUGUCAACUAUCAUACACUAUACAAAAACAUAAAAAUCUUCAAUCAGUGAUGCAUUUAAUGCCUGAUAAUGUUUUGUUUUCAUCGUAUAAAUGUCUUCCUGGAAUGGCAGAAGCUUUUUCCAAAUCUGGCACAGCACCAGAUCAUUAUCUGAAACCAAAAUGUCUUCCUCAUCAAACAUGCUAUCUUGACACACUUGCAUUAAAUUUUGGAUCAAUGUCCGUUGAUAAGUUUGAAUCACAACUUUGUUUGAGAAUAAAUCAAGAUCGUUUGAAAAAGGACAAAGCUGAAGAUGAUGGAAAAACUGUCACAAUCACUGAAAGGAGAUUAAUGGUUGGUGUACAUAAUGGAUACUGUUAUAUUCAAAAACCUCAAUUUGCUCAACUAGAACCUGAAGCAAUUAUGGGUGCAAGGUUGGGAAGCUUUGGACGAGGAAAACGAAAAGAUACCAGCAAUGUCGCCAGCACUGAAUCAACAUGUCUAGUACUUCGAAGUCGAGUACAAUUAGAUGAGAUGGUAGUGGAUCCUGGACUUGCGGUAGUUAUGCAAAUUGAAUAUUUAUUCGCUCUUCCUUAUACUUCACAAGCUGUUGUUAAAGGAUCAGCAGGAUCGAUACGUUCUCAGCCUCUUUCAAUGUCAGUCAGAUGGACAGCUUGGUGCCCAUUCGCCCAACAGUCUACAGAUAAUUUUAUAACAUUGACAUUACAGGGAGGAAUGGAAAAGAAUCCGGACAAUGUUUUGUUUUAUACAAGUAAUAUUUUGACCGAUCAACAAAACGCAGAGAUGGGGAAACUGAGGUUUAGAUUUUUAACUUCUGAUUCACCAAUGCAAUCGGAUAGUUCCAUCUAUAUAACAUCAGGAUCUGAAGUUCCUCGUUCACCGAAUGUGUCUGCUAAACCUCCUCUACCUAGUAGUUCUCCUAUGAUAGCAAGAAUACCGUCUUCAAUUCCCAAACCUGUUUUCCAUCAUCAAGAAUCUUCACAAGAACAUGCUAUGACACAAUCUAUAGCAGGAAAUGUUUACAAUGUAGAAGUAACUCAUCUUGAAAUGGAAGGUGAUCUUCCACCUAUACAUGCCCCACCUAUAUUACCAGUUGCUCAAAGGACUUCUGGAAUGUCAAGAGCAUCGUAUGCAAGAAUGUAUUCUGCUGGAUUUCCUGAUAUAUUAGAUCGCCAUGGUAAUCCACCUGAUUUAAUCGAUGUUCGUGAUAUAGUGGAUGACAUUGAUAUAUCUCGAGAUGUUUCUGAUGUUUUGCAGACAAAUGAAAUCAUCAUUCAAUUUCUUGCGUUUGGAAAACCUCAACCUGGACCCGGUGAAUCCAAACCACCAGAUAUUAAUUCAAUAUUCUGUUCGUUUCAAUUUUAUCGUUUUCAACCUGUUACUACAAAUAGAAUGAGUUUGACGAAACAAUCGGAUUCUGUUGACGAAAAAAGUGUAAAAAGAUAUUCCUCAAAUCUUCCUUUUGUUCUGAGAAAGAUAGAAGCAGGAGAGCAUCUGGAUAAAGGUCGACCUGGUCUGGAGAUAAGAUACUACAUAGAUCCAUCUAAUAUGAAUCCUGGAGAAACUUCAUCGUUUUUAACAUACUUACGUACUCACACAUUGCAUAUUGAUAUAUGGGAUGGGGAUUCUUUGAUGCUGAUUGGAUCGUUAUCUGUACCAUUGAAACACUUGCUUCGACAAGGCAGACAGGCAGUAGCUGUCAAUCAUGAAUUGGACGUUGUGUACUCCGAGCACACUGAUACAAUACCCACGAUUACAGGAGACUUAUCAUCUGGAGGUGAUGUAAGACCUCUCGGUAUGACACUGACACAUAGAGGAAAAUUACAUAUGAGGCUUGGCAAUGUUGGAUAUGCUUCGGAAAAUCAUUCAAACAUAGGAAAUACAUUACCUGCCUUGCAUGGCAAUCAGAAACAUCUUGUAGUUGCUGAUAUAUCAGGAUGUGGAUUUGUUGGUGGAAGUGUUUCUACUGCUAAAACAUACAAUGGACAACCAGUUUAUGAAAGACCAAAGAAAUGUGUUGCUAAAAAAUUGACAGACAUGAAUAAAGAAUUAUGUGAUUUGUUGUUGUUGAACUCAAGUACAGAAGAAAAAUCUAUAGAAGAAAGUCCAAAAUUAACUGACAAAUUAUCAGAAUCUGAUCGUAAAAGAAAACUUGCAAGGAUGUUGGCGAUUCGGGAAGCUGAACGGAAUGGAGAUAGUAAUGAUGUAGCGAGGAUAGGACAACGUGCUCUGGUUAACAAACAAGAAAGAACUCUAAAAAUACGAGAUUUACGAACAGUUGAAAGUUAUAGAAGUCGAUUAAAACCAAACCAUAUAACGGAAUUAUUGACGUUGUCAAUUACCACACAACACACUAUACGUCCAUCUCUUGGUUCUGCACAUUUUGUUGAACUACAACUUAAGAAUCCUUUCAGUUCACAACAUACUGUUACAAUAGAAUGUGAUAGUCCUGAAUUAAGAGUUGUGACAGAUUCUCGUGAAUGGAGAUUUUUUAAAUCGAAAUGUAAUCUACGUACACCAGUAGAAGAAAAUAUGUUUAAUUUUGAUCAAGCGACUUCUUUACCACAAAUUUAUCUUCGUCCCAAAGAGACAGUAUAUGUUCCAUUCCGAUAUCAGGGAUUUGAAGUCGGUCAAGAAAUAUCACCUGGACCAAGUCAAUUUUUCAAACCAACACCUACUGUCUUGCAACAAAUUAAAGCAGGACAAAAUCAUGGCACGAUAAAGGCAAAAAUUGUCAGGGCAUAUCUUCGUACAUCGGAUGGAAAACCGAUAUCAGUUUUACAAAUCAAUGUUGAACCACAACCUCAUGUUGUUGAUCAAACAUUCAGAUUUUAUAAUCCUGAAGCUUCAUUUCUGAAGAAAUGCCUCAGAUUACCACCUUUCAAAAACACUUUUACAGAUGGUACGGCAUCUCGGUUUCAUGUUGAAUGUAGUGAUCCUGAAAUUAUUUGCCAAGCUAGAUCAGCUGGUCCUACUGAACCACAAGAAAUAUUUAUGAAAGCACCUUGUGGACAAUCCCCUUCUGUUCGGAGAUUUUUCUUGGCAUUAUACAAUGAUGCAUUUAUAUCGGCACCAAUUCAAAUCUGGCAGUUUUACAUUCAUGCUUUGCAACGUGUUGACGUUAAUUCUGUACUCGGACAAACUACUAGACUUGCACUUGUGUUGAAAGGAACACAAACUGCGAGAAUGGUUCGAUGUUUCUCGUCUCAUCCACUACAAAUGGAGGUUUCACCCUCAGAAUCCUUUUUACUAACAGCAAAUAAUGUUACUGAGCUGACAGUCGGUGUUCGACCAAUUGGAUCCCCUGGUAUAAGAUACAUGUAUGUCAAUGUUGUUGAUGUGGAAUAUCAUCAACUCAUAAGAUCAUGGCUGGUUGCAGUCAGCAGUAAACAACCCAUUGUUUCCAAGGAGUUUGAAAUUGAAGUUCCAAUUGCUGGUGGUAAAGGAUGUUUCAAAAAGAUAACUUACACAAAUCCAUAUCCUAUCAGGAAGAAAUUUCAACUUCUCUCUAGCCGUCCGGAUUUAUUGUCCUUCAAGGAAACUCAGUUUGAGCUUGCUUCAUCAGAAACAUUCACCAUUGGGUUAAGAUUUGCUGCUGGAAUACAUCGACCAGGAAAGCAUAAUGUCCAUGUAUUCAUUGAUGACCAUGAAAACAAAAAUGAGGAAACUUUCUUGAUUAUUGUUAACUAUUUUUAAAUGCAUUGCUUGAAAUAUGCUCAGGUAAAUUUCUACCUUGACUGUGCAUACUUCUAACACAAUUUUUUUGAUAGAGUAUGAUUUGACGAACCUGUUAUGGAUAAUGUGGAAUUAAUUGUUUUAACAUGGUCAUUCCGCUGCUUGGUUAAAAACAAUAGAAAGUUUUUAUAAAUAGCUGCUAAUUUUGUUGGAAGACUCAUUGUAUUUAGUAAGAUUCAAAAAAUAUAUAAUAUUACAGUUUUACAUAAAUGAUGGUAGGAUUUCUAAUAUUUUAUAUAUUACUUUUCAAUUGUUACUUUUUCAUAUUUGUAAAAUAUUUUUUGAAUAUGUAGGCUACCCAUUUUUGAAAUGUGUUCCAAUCCAUUUUGAUUCAGAUACUAUUCCGUACAUUACACAUGCUUUUGUAUUGGAGCCCUACAAAAUUACAUUUGCUGUCUCACAACACUGUAUUUGGUGAUUUUUAAUAUGUAUAGAAUAUUUUAUAUGUCUGUAGGAUAAAAUACGGUAUUCAUUUGCCAAAACGUCAUAAUAUGUUGCUUUUUUAUAUAUGAUUAUAUAUGUAGAAAUAGUUUCAAUGGUACUAAAUUCAUAUUUUCAACAUUUCUAGCUGCUAAUAUUUAGUCAAAUAAAAUUGUAUCACCUAAUUUUAUAUAUACAUGCUUGGAUCGUAUUGACUGUAAAAAUUUUCCAUGUGGUCUGGUGUAUGCAUUAUUAUUUUUUAAUACUUGUGUUGCUGAAAUGUAUAUUUUUCCACUGUGCUUUGCUUGACUUAUUCACGGUUUAUGUAAUAUUCAAGUAUGAUGUGAUGGUAAAUGACAAUUUAUUCUUGUAUGCAGAUAGUCUCUAUUUUUAUGAUAUUGACUGUCGAUUUUUUUCUUUUAGUCAGGCCUCACCAUGAGUGUUAUGAACAGCUGAGUCAAAAUUUUUGUUUUUUAUUGCGAAGGGGUGGAUCAUUAGUCUGAUGAGCUAGGGCAGAGUUUUUCAAACUUUUAUUGUCCCGAAACACUUACAUUUUUUAUCUCGCCUCGCGGAACAAGAAAUUAGAAGGUAAAAUUAAUAA